GUUAAAAGGAAAUUCAGUUCAGUAAUACACUUCUCAAUUGCGAACGGAUAUUUCCCGUUCGAUGGCGUCAUCACAAGACGCCUGGUACCUGUCACUUCUGGGACUGGCCGAAAACUUUCGAACUUCGAAUCGGAUAAAAAUGUGCAUUCAAUGCCUACAGGCCGUAUUUAGUUUCAAACCUCCUCCUAGGGUCGAAGCUCGAACUCACCUACAGCUUGGCAACAUACUGCUGCAGUACACGAAAAAUACGGAUUUGGCACGAACGCAUCUCGAACAAGCGGUAUUUAUGCUCGAGGCAAUCAGUUUUAAUUUUUACACAGGUAAUAUUAUAUGUUUAGUGGUUGCUGUCCCAAUCCAUUAACGCAUUUGACGAUGUCAAAUUUGAAGCGGCAAGUGUUGUGGCCGAACUUUACCAACAACAAAAUCAAUCGAAUUUAGCCAAACCUAUUUUAAGAAAAGCUGUCGAACUCUCACAGCACAAUAUUUAUUGGCACUGUAGAUUAAUAUUUCAAUUAGCUGUACGUAUUAGUUUUAACAUUAUUAAUUAACACAACCUUAUAAUAAAUUAAUUUUAUGCUUAUUAUAUUUGGUAUGUUUUACAGCAAAUACAUGCUGUAGAAAAAGAUUAUGAAUUAGCCAGCAGUUUACUCGGGGUUGGUGUUGAUUAUGCUGCCAUAUCAUCUGCCGCUUAUACUAGAGUACUUUUUUUACUUAGUAGAUGUAUGGUGCGUACCUAUAAUACAAUUAUAUUUUUAAUUAUCUAUUUAAACAUAUAUGUUAUGUUCCUGUUUAAAUUAGUUACUACUUAUUGAUAAGAAAAUUACCGAAGUAUCUCCAUUGUUAACCCAGGCAGGAUAUUUAGUUGAUAGUUGGCAAGCCAGCCAAUAUCAGAAAGAAUAUCUAAAAGUUUUUUUUUUAGUUUUACAAGUAAUAUCAUCUAUUAUUAUAAUAUUUAGUCAUUACACAAUGUAUCCUACCUAAUGAUUAUAAUUUAUUUAAAUGUAUAAUUUAAUUAUAAUUUUAAGGUGUGUCAUUAUUUAAUGGCCGGUCAAGUAAAAAGUGUCAAGCCAUGUUUAAAACAAUUACAACAGAGUAUUCUGACAAUCAUGCAGCCCACUUGGCCAUCUGACGAAAGUGAGUAAUGUCAAUUUUUUUUUUCAGUUAAGUUAUUUUAAUGUUAAUUAAACCUGUCUUAUUUACUUCUCAAACAUGUCUGUUUACUUUAAAAUGUACAUUCAUUAUCUAACUAAUUAUAAAUACUGUAUUAUUAUUUAUCCUUAAUUUACUAAACAAUUUGACUAAAACAAGCAAAUAUGUAUCAAACUCUCAUUAUAUAGUAUAUUGACCAUUUGAGGUUUAAUAUAUGUAAGAGCAUUAUAAAAAUCAUUGCUAACAAAAAUUCCCAGGGGAGUUUUGUUAUACAUGUUUUAAAAGACUGUAAUAGUUAAGAUUUUCAUCAAAAAUUUGAUAUUAAAAUUCUUGUAUAAAAAAAAAGAAAAAUACUACAUUAAAUCCAACUUUUUCUUAUUGACCAUUAAAUACAACUUAUAAUAAACCUCCUAUUAAAUGUUCAUGCAUUUUUAUUUAGUCUAACAAUUUUAUCCACAUAGUACCUAUUGAAUAAAUAUUACAUAAAAAAAAUUCCCAAAUUAAAAUAUCUAUAUAAGCUCAAAAAUGUCUCAAAUAUUUUGAAAAUUCAACCACGUUUAUAAAUAGAAAAUAUAAUGUUUUGUCCAAAUUUCAAGUUUCUACGGAUAUUGUAAACUGCAUUACAACAAAACAAAAUUUUAAAAAGGAUAGACAUACUUCAUACGUGGGUGCAGCCACUGUUGUAGGUGGAAAGUUGGAAAGGUAGGAUACAGACGGGAAUUUAAUGUAUAUUUGUAAGCAACGAAAAAACAAUUCUGAGCGGAGUUCAGUUGCUUUGUCAACAAUACAAUAUAUGGUAUGUGUCAUAUUAUGGUAAAAUGAUUACACAAUGUGAGUUUCCAUGACAACAAUGAUUGUUUAAAUUAAAAUAAUAAAAACUUAAUUAUUAUAACAUAAAAUAAAUAAAAACAGUUGCCAAUGACAACAUUAUUUUUAACCUAAAGACCAAGGUUUUCCUCAUUAUCACAAAUAUUAUUGAUAAUUUCAAAAAAUAAUCUUUAAAGUACCACCCAGAGUACAUUUCCUUUCAGAAAAUGUGCUAUACUUGAUAAUCAGAAUAUGCUUUAUGGUAGAAAGUGUUCACAUAAAAAAUAAAAAAAACAUCAUUGUACAACAUUUCUUGUUCCACUCAGAAACUAAUUAUAAAAACACUAUUUUCGUAAGUUUUCACGUUUUUCCCAUUUUUUAAGAAAAACCCCCCAAAAAAAUGACUUCGCUAAAAUACCACCACUGGAAAAUUUUCUUUUAAAAAGGAGGUUCAUUUAAUAUUUCUGAUCAAAAUUUCUAGUAGAAUAAAAAUAAAUAAAAUGACGUAAUUAGUUAUAAAUCUUAUUAAUCAUUUAAAUUAAAAAUAGUCUACUCUUAUAAGUAUCUAGAAGACUAGUUUUCAAAAGUAUUACAGAUUCUAAUUUGAGUAGAGUAAAAUAAAAAGAAGUGUUUAUUGUAUUAUCCUGUAAAAUUAGUAAGCUUCAAAUCAAUUACUUAAAUUUAAAAAUGUUCAAAAAAGUAUUAUGGAAAUAUCUAAAUUAUAUUAAUUUUAUUCAUUCCCAAUUUCCUAAAAAUAUGCAUUAACAAAAUAUUAAUAUAUAUAAUUCAAAAUGAAUGAAUAAUUUCUUGCAGUUGUUUGUGGAUCUAACAUGGGUGACAUGUUCAUAUGGAUGCCUAAAGAACAAUUGUAUGUUGUAGUCUACUUAGUGACCGUAAUGCAUAGUAUGCAAGCAGGGUACAUGGACAAAGCACAAAAAUACACUGACAAAGCUUUGGCGCAAAUUGAAAAACUAAAAGGUAAUAAUUAAAAAGAGUUGAGUUUUUCAUUUAUAAUAAUUUUUUGCAUUACUAAUAUUUUCAUUUUGAAGCCGGUGACAACAAAACACCAAUAUUAUCGGUCUUCCAGCUAAUGUUACUUGAAAAUAUGGUUAUGUGCCGUUUAGUAACUGGAAAUAAAUCGCAAGCGUUACGUGAGAUGUCGCAAGUGUGUAGUAUUUGUCAGCGACAUCCACGACUAUUAAACUCUCACCGUCCUCAACUUCAUGUGCUCAUUGGCCUUUAUGCAAUGAGUAUGAACUGCAUGGACGCUGCUGAAAUGCAGUUUACUACUUCUUUAAGGGUAUGUAUAUUAUUUACACUUGUAAACUUACAAAUAAAGUCACAACUGAUAACCUAAUACCCAAUCUACCAAGUUACAAAACAAGUAUUUUGUUUCAAACACUGAAAAAUAUGUAUCAUAAAUUUUUUUUGACAGUUGUCACAAGAACGUGAAUUAUGGACAUUUGCAAACCUCAAUUUAGCAAUUGUCUACUUAAGGACUAAAAGAGAUGUAGAAUUAAAUGCUCUUUUAGACCGUAUAAAUCCAGAAACUCUAACAUCACAUUCACAUAGUCUUAGAGCUGCUGCAUACUAUGUUCAAGGUUUACAAUCAUUUUUCCAAGCCCGUUAUAACGAAGCAAAGUAAGUUUUUAUUACAGAAUAAAAGUUUGAAUAUUGACCAUCAAUAUAUUUUUAAUUAAUUGAAUUAUUAAUUAUAAUUUAUAUUUUUGAUUUUUAAGAAAUGGAAAUUACUUUUAUGUUUUAUUAGUUGUGUUACCACAAUGUAAAAUUGUAUAAAAGUGAAACCUUGCAUUUUAAUAUAUUAUUUAUUUGAUGAUUUAAUUUAAUUUUUAGGAGAUAUUUACGAGAAACAUUAAAAAUGGCUAACGCAGAGGAUUUAAACCGUUUGACUAGUUGUUCAUUAGUUUUACUUGGUCAUAUAUUUUUAUCGUUAGGUAAUAGUAGAGAAAGCAUGAAUAUGGUUACUCCAGCUAUGCAAUUAGCUAGUAAAAUUCCUGAUGUGCAUGUACAAUUAUGGGCUUCAGCUAUACUAAAAGGUAUUUUAUUUGAACAUAUUAAAAUAUUACAAAUAUUUGAGUUAGUAAUGUGUAUUCAAUUAUUUUCUAAUUUAUGUGAACAUAUUAGAUUUGUAUAGAAUGUGCAAUGAUGCUGUUAGAGAAAAUGAAGCACUACAAAUGCACUCCAAUUUUUCACAAACUUUACUUAAAGACCAUUUUCAAUCUUCUGAAAUGCCUGAACACGCCCUUAUAUCAUGGACCGAUGGACAAUUUCCAAUUACAUUAAAACCAUUUGUAUCACCACCUCAACAACAUCAUCUUCAUUUACAACAACAUCAACAUCAACAUAUGUUGCAACAACAAAUGCAUCUUCAACAACAAAGUUUACACAUGCAACAACAACAUAUGCAAUUACAAACCAAACAACAAAAUCCUGCUGCUCUUGGACUCCCAUCUUAGCACUUAUCCACUAAUCCGAUCAAAGCACAUACAUUGUGCCAUCGGCAUGAAUUAAAAAAAACUGUUGUUACAAAGGUAUGUUAGUAAAAUUUGUAAUUAUACUCACCAAUAUUUUGUAUCAUGUAAAUAAUUUAGAUGUGUAUAGCUUUAAAAAUUACCAUUUACACUUUCGAGUGAUCUUCUCAAUAUACAGUCCAUUAUUUGUAUACUUUUUCAUUUGUUUCUCAAAGUAUUAAGUUGUAUUUUCAUUAUAGUAAAUGCACUGUAUAGUGUGAUAACAUUAAAGCUAAAAACCUGAUAUUAUUCCCCUAUUGGGUUUAAUUAUUAAUGUUGAGAAAUUAUAAAUUGUGUUGUGUAUGUUUUUAUCAGUGUCCCAUAAAUAUUAAUUUAUAAUUUUUUUUUAAUUUAUAUUUUUUUCUAAAAGGCAAUAUAUUUUGAAAUUGUAUGUAAGUGAAUAUAUUUUUAUAUAAUAUUAUGUGUAUAGGUAGUUAAUAAAAAAUUAUGGACUAAAUACAUGUAUUUUAUAUGUGAUAACUGUCCUGUAUUUUGUUAACACUGUCAGUCUGUUGCAGUAAAAUAUUUGACAAAUACAAUAACUUUUACUUGUUUUAUAAUAUUAAAAAAAAAAAAAAAUAUUUUGUUGAAUAAAAGUUAUUGCAUUUGUUUAAUCAAUCAUACUAUGCAACAUCUCUUGUAUAUGGAUUAAUUGUAUAUGUAUAAAAAUAUUUCAGUUUUUUAUUAAAUGAUUUUUUAUUAAAAAAUUAAUGUUUAAAAUAUGUUGACAUUAAUAUACUGUACCUAAAUAUAUGUUGGUAACAACUCAAUAUUUAAACAAAAAUAAAACAAUAAAAGCUGAAUAAUUAACUCGGAUAAUCAUUCAUCUAAGAUAUUACAGUCCAAAAAUAUACGCUCUGGGUUAAUAUGGUUUUUAUCUUAAAACUAGAAUUAUAUUUUCCAAACAAAUGUGGAUUUUAGUGUUUAGAUUCCAGAAUUUAGAUAUUCAGCCCAUUUAUAAAAAGUGAGUGGGUAGAAUUUAAAUUAUAAUGUUAACAUGCUAUUAUCAUAUUAUAUUAAUUAUAAAUUUUAAUAACUGUUAUUGUUAUUAUUAUUAUUUUUAUAUUUAUUAUUUAUUUAAUAAUUAAGACGCGUGUAUAUGAUAUAUUAUUUAUAAUAAAGUUGAAAAAUUUUAAAAUUAAUUAUUUUAACAAUUGAACCUUAUGUAUUUUUGUUUAAAUGUUUUUUUCGUUUAUUUUAAAAUUUUAAAAAAAAUAAUGAUAAGUCUAUAAUAUUAUACUGGUAAUCAGUUAGUGGGCAUUAACUAAUCAAAAAUUUAUUGUUUGUUAAAUUGAAGUUGUUUAUUUAAAACUUCUCAAUUUAACAAGUUAGUUAUUUCGGUCUUCAACCAAUUAUUUUAACUAUUUUAGUUUUCAUUGUAUUAAUAAUAUUUUUUUACAGUUCAAUUUUUUAACCUACCAGUAAAAUAGGUUUAUUGAGAAAAUAGCACUAAUAAUUUAUAUUAUUGCCUGCUUCUUUUUAAAUGAUAACUGAAUAAAAAAAAUUUUAACUAUGAGUACUCACAAACAAUAUGAACAGACAUCCCAAAUGAAGUUAGGGUAAUACAAUUUUGUAUACAGAAUAAUCAACAUAAUGUAAAAUACUCAUUAUCUCAUUAUGUAUUAACUUUCAUCAGAAUUUAUUUUUAGAACAUUGAAAAAACAAGCAGUUCUAGAAUUAUUUUAUUGGUUUGUGUUUUUGGAAGGAUAAGCUGAAGAAAUAAUGAAUAACUCAACUAGUAUACAAAAUAAUCAGAAUUUUAUGUUACUGCAUUUUUCUCCUAUAUAAAAUGGAGAAAAUUAUAUAAUACAAGUUUUAACAUUUAUAAACAUCUACAAUAAUUUUUAUAUUUUUUUUUUUGUACUAUCUUAUUUUAUCGAUAAACUUUUCAAAUUCAAAAAGGUUCCCAUUUGAAUUUCAAAAGUUUACUUCAAAAAUUCCUCCAAAACAGAGAGUCAACAAAAAUAUAUAACAAUUAUUUUAAAUAUUUAUAAAAUGAAAAACAUUUGUUUUAUACAAUUUCUCUAUUUAGUAUAUUUAUAAGAAAAAAAUGCUAUAACAUAAAAUUCUGAUCACACUGUAUGUAUAAAAAAAAUUCUGAUGUGUGCAGGGCAGUAAUUAGAAAUUAUAACCCCCCCCCAGGCUUAAAAAUAAAACAAUAAUAAGUUUUGUUUUAGCAAUUGUAUCUUUAAAUUGUAUAUGUUUUCAAAUUUAUUUUCCUAAUUGAUUUAUUGAAUAUUUUUUUUACCACAUAAUGCCAAAGAAAAUAAUAAAUAUAAAUAAAAUCAAAAUAGUAAAAUAAUAGUCAAUAUUAUAGAGUAUGUAAUUGUUCUAAUAAAACUUUUUUUUUUUUUUUAAGACGUUGACUCAUAGUGGACGUUGUCAGUAUUUUUAAUUUUUAGGGUUUCAAGACCAAAUAACAAAUUUAACAGUAUCAGUUAAUAUCUGAUAAUGUUAUUCAGUACCAUAGAUGGAAAAAAAAAUAUUUGACUAUAACUCUAAUGUAAAUACAAAUUACACAGGUAUGACAAUUUCAAAAAUUGUGUCAACCAUAUUAUACAAAAAUACAAGUUUUAAAAUAGGUAUUUUAUUUUAUUUUUAAAUAAUAAACGCCAAACAAGAUUUACAAUUUUUUAUUCUAACAAUUAAAAAUUAACAGAUAAAAAAAAAACUACAACAAGAAUGGUUUACAUACUAAAGAAGCAUUGUGAUCCUAACCUAACCUAACCGUUAUCCUGGAUUGGGGUGCAUUUCUUUAUUUAAAAAUAAAUAAAUGCAUUAUUAUUAUAAUAAUGGGUAAGAACCCUAUUUUACAAUGCAUAGACUUAUGAUUUAACUUUCUGUAUAAAAUAAAAUAUUUGUUUUAAAAUUUAUUAUUAAAUCAUAUUAUUAUUACAUCUGAGACAAAAUUGAUUAUUUUAAUAUCCAAAAUACAGUUGUUACCAUACAUAAACUCAGGUACAUACAUAUUAUAUUUUACUGUGUUAAUGUAAACAAAUUUAAUUUUAGUUUUGUAACAAUGCAACGAUAAACUAUUUUUGUAAUUCUGAGAUCGCCAGAUUUGACACCAUUAAUACUAUAAUAUCUACCAAGA